AUGGCACAAAAGAUGGACAAGGACACUGAUGCCGCCUCUAUUAAACCUGUUUCCUCUUUGAGGUCUCAUUUUGAGGGACUCAAGGUCAAUCAGUCACAACUUGAGGAUCGAGGAAGCAACUCAGCUUCUCCCCAUGUGCUACGGCCUGUUGAUGCGUCCUCUCCGCUCCCUACCAUCAGAGCAUCUUUUGAUCUUCCAAGACCAUCAUCUCCAUGGAGUGAAGCGGCACAAACACACUAUGGAGGCCACCGGACUCCAACAAAAGGAACUGACUCUCCUCCUAAGCCUGGCCAUAAACGGCCCGUGUCUAUGCUCCUCCAGUCUUCACCGCAGUUGACGCCUUCCGUUAAGGUGGAGUCUCCGCGAUCGCCUCCCCGAACCUUCUUUGAACGGAGUUCCUCUAGAUCGCCUGAGCGAAUUGACAAUACGCCCUUUGCAAAGGUCCGCGAACUCAUCUCCCAGCACUCGAGCAGAGCCUCGAGCCGUCCUCCUACUUCACGAGCGCCGAGCGUAGAUCGAUCGGAUCCCUCGAUGACCGUUGAAAGAUCCAACAUCGAGGACUUUGGCAUUUCUGAGACAAUAAAACCCUCCACCGUGCCACCUCCAAUAAACCGUGCGGACAAGCCAAAGAUACCGGCCAAGCCAACAACUAUUCCCAUGCCUCCGAAUACUGGUCUGAAUCCAGAAGCGCGCCAGCCCUCUUUUGACGCAAAAGUCUCACCGUUCAGUACUCCGCCGAGUAGUGAUGAAAAUUCUCCUUCCCGAAGCCCUGAACCGCAGACCCUCGUAGGGAUGCUGAAGCCUUCCGAUCCUGGAGUUGCACUCGUGAGGGCACCGAUUCCCUUACUUCCACCGCCUGCUGUAAACCAGGCUGUGGAGAGGUAUAAGGAACCCCGACUACUCGGUUUUGCAAGCAAGCCAGUCAGUGCAGACAAACGGGACCCACGAACUCUAGGAUUCGCAGCUCCCGAACCCAAACCACCCAGUCAACCAGCCAUAUUGCCUUCGAGGGCAAACACAGUGUCAGAGAAACCCACCAGGGAUCCAAGAGAAUUGGGCCUUUCUACAGCGAGGCCCGCACCUCGCCACGUCUCCGAAUCCAUAAGGCAUGCUCCCUCUUCUCCCAUGCCCACGCAACCCAUCACCCGAGCAGUGCCUUCACGAGACGCUCGCAUGCUCGGUUUCUCAAGCCAUCAGGCUCCAGAAGUCACAUCAAUCGAAGAGGAGCCACGCCCUGGCCUCCCUCCGCGUAGAAUGGAGCCUCCACCUCGUCCUUCAAAUGAAUCCAAAAACACUGUUCGUACUAUUCCCCCUCCGCCGUCGGUGGGCUUGCCCGACCGUAGCAAGAAACCAAUCUCAUCUAAACCAAUCUCACGGGCUCCAGCCCUGCCGCUGGACGUCAAGUUUCCCCCUCCACCCAAACGUGGCAGUGGGGACGAUAAUGACUCCCCAUUAUCGACCAUAACGCCUCGAGCACACAUUUUCACUGGAGAUAUCGUGAAGCGAUCAACCAUGGCUACGAGGCCUGAUGAUUCAGAUGACAUGGAGAAUGUGAUGGAAGAGCCCUCUACCAUAAAGUCAGAGUAUCCUGAUGCAACGAAUACGAACCGUCGGAUGCCCUUUCCCAAGAGCGGGGUUUGCGAAAUUACUACAAAGUCUGAAUCACGGGUUGCUGAAGUAUGUGGCAAGCAUCUUUGCACAACUGGUUACAUAACCCGAGUUUUUGACAUGUCGUCUGGUGAACAAGUCAUGAGUUUGAAUCAUGGCGAAACGGUGAAGGUUACCGCAGUGGUGUUCAAGCCCGGGACAGACCUAGCAAGCGAAGGGCAAAGACUCUGGUUAGGUACCAAUAUUGGCGAUAUCAUGGAGGUGGACAUCGAUACACAUACUGUAAUGGCCACCAGUUCCUCUCAUAACAGACGAGAAAUCGUGAGGAUCAUCCGGAGUCAAAGGGAUAUCUGGACGCUGGAUGAUGAGGGUAAAUUGUUUGUGUGGAAGGCCGAUGAAACAGAAGUUCCUAAUCUCAAAUACAGCCAUGUAUCUCACAAGACUCAGAAGGGGCAUACAUUCUCUAUGGCUGUUGAUGGAAGGCUUUGGCUUGCCACCGGCAAAGAAAUUCGAGCCUACCAGCCUGGGAACGAGAGUAAUUUUGCUCCACUUACAAAACCGCUGUCUCAGCACGGUACUGGCGACAUAACUUGUGGCACUUAUUCGUCGGAAGGUGGAGGGAGGGCUUACUUUGGCCAUAACGAUGGUAGGGUCACGAUGUACUCGACCAAGGAUUUUACUUGCGUUGGUAACGUCAAGGCGAGUGAUUAUAAGAUCAACAGCCUCACAUUCGUUGGAGACGCACUGUGGGCGGCAUUCAAAACCGGGAAGAUCUAUGUUUAUGACACCAAAACUUCCCCAUGGAAAGUCAAGAAAGACUGGCGUGCCCACGACGGACCAGCGACCGAGGUACUUCUCGACCCCAGCAGCUUUUGGGUCUUGCACCAGCUUCAAGUUGUCACUAUAGGCCAUGACAAUUUCGUGCGACUGUGGGAUGCUACGCUUGAGGAUGACUGGAUUGAAAGCGAGAUGCAAACCCGAGAUGUGGAAUACUGCACGUUUCGUGAACUUCGCGCUGCGGUCAUCACUUGGAAUGUUGGGGCAUCCACCCCAUAUGACAUUCGGAAUGACUUCAUAGCAGACGCCAUCCAUGCAGAUGACCCUCCAGAGAUAAUAGCUUUUGGAUUUCAAGAGGUCGUUGACUUGGAAGAUCGCGCCAUCACUGCGAAAAGCAUUUUAGGAUUUAGCAAGAAAAAAGACGUCAAUAGGACAGAAGCGCAUCAAAGUCGUGUCUACCGCGAAUGGCGGGAUUAUCUCAUGAAGAUGCUCAGCCGCUACUGCACGCAAUACUCGUAUACGGAACUACACACCUCCAGCAUGAUUGGACUCUUUCAGUGCGUAUUGAUUCGGCAACAAGAACGACCGAACGUCCGCAACCUGGAGGCAGCCAACGUCAAACUUGGAUUGAAAGGCCAUUACGGUAACAAGGGCGCUCUUGUUACACGAUUUGUGCUUGAUGACAGUUCAAUCUGCUUUAUCAAUUGCCAUCUUGCGGCUGGGCAGACGCAUACCUCUCAUCGAAACAAUGACGUGGCGAGCAUUUUGGAAGCUGAAGCGCUUACAGCUCAACCCGACCCAGAUGAGCGCAGCUCCCUUUACAUCGGAGGCGGCGAUGGAACUCAGAUUCUUGAUCAUGAGAUCUGUAUCCUCAAUGGUGAUCUAAACUACCGGAUCGAUGCAAUACCCCGAGACACUGUCAUUUCGAUGGUCAAGCGCGGCGAGCUCUCCAAGCUGCUGGAACGCGACCAGAUCAUGGUCUGCCGAAAGAGAGUGUCGGGGUUUCGACUCGGUCCCUUCGUUGAACUUCCAAUCACGUUCGCGCCGACGUACAAAUACGACGUCGGAACGGACAACUACGAUUCCAGCGAGAAGAAGCGCGCACCGGCGUGGUGCGACCGGCUCUUGUAUCGUGGCGCAGGCAGGGUGAAACAGAUCGAGUAUCGGAGGCAUGAAGUGCGCACCAGCGACCAUCGACCUGUCAGUGGACUUUUCAAGAUCAGAGUCAAGACCAUCGACCCCAAGAGGAGAGCGAAAGUCAAAGCAGAAUGCUUUGAACGCUUUGGACAGGUCCGGCGGCAGGUGGCAGAGGCGAUCAGCGUUACCUACCUCAUCAGGGUGUUAGGAAUCGAUGAGAGAGAGGCAAGGACAUUGAUCAUGAAAUGA